GUUCUGAAUCAGGGUAGUUCACAGAACCUUACAAUGGUUCGCUUAAUGAUCUAUAUUCUAUUGGGAAUAGCAUUUGGCUUUUGUCGUCUAUGUUUCUCCGGCACGGGGUUUCAUAUAACUGAACAAAAACGAAGACACACCGUAAAGGCACGUAUAAUGUCCAACAUUAGCAUGACGCUCUAUUGGUUGUUCCAAAAGUACUUACCAUUUGAAAUCAUUAAAAACGAAAAUGAGUGGGAUGAAAUCAUAGGUGCUGAAGAGGUCGAAAUAUUUGCUUGGGACUAAUAUUAAAAUGAUCUGAUUUUCAAUAAUCAAUAUACAGUACUGCCCAAGUGAAACGCUUUUAUUCCUCAGUUACAAUUACAUUUAUUUGCAGAUUAUUAAAUUAAUUGGUACAUAUAA